UUCUGAUAGUGCACAUCAAGUGAUCAGUACAGCGCCGCUUGUGUCUUAACGUCCGCCUUUGAAUUUACAUAAACUUACAAUGAAUUUCGCAAAGAUCCUAUCCUUCGUCUUCGCUCUGGUGCUGGCUUUGAGCAUGACCAGCGCUGCUCCCGAGCCCAGGUGGAAGAUCUUCAAGAAAAUUGAAAAAAUGGGCAGGAACAUCCGUGACGGCAUCGUCAAAGCGGGCCCGGCGAUCGAGGUCCUCGGUUCGGCUAAAGCCAUAGGAAAAUAAUCUUUAAAACGUACGCCAUAAAUACUAGUAUUAUUU